GAGCGAUUCAACGUUUCAACCGGCUCCACCAUGCGCGGAUCCACAAGGACAAUGUUCCGCUUCGAACAUGGCCAGAUACUACAGGGCAGGAGAUCCUCUUACACAAUUGCUGCUGCUCUUCGCAACCGUCCGGGAGGACCAUGGCUUGCCACGGACGUAGUUUUGCCGAUUGUCUCUGCGGUGAACCUCUUUCUAACGCGGAGCAGUGGUCCGAAUCAAGAGACAGUCACGGUGAAGACUGCACCGGCAAAGCGCCUUGAUAACGAAUCCCGGGUGCUCCGACUGUUCCAGGGGUGCGACUCGAUCCGCCAGCUGGUCGAUGAGGUCGAGGAUCCUCGAUCCUUGGUGCUCGAAUAUAUGGACGACAAUGUAGUCAACUUGUUGAAGACAAAACGUCUCCCUAGGGUUGAGGCCAAGCGUGCCCUCAAGGCCGCUGUUCAAGGGCUCAUUGCGCUACAUGAUAAGAAUAUUGUUCACACAGCUGCGUUCUACUAAUCAGAUACCUAUACAAAUGUUUACUCUCCGGACAUGGCGGACUAAUUGGCACUGAUCAACCUGUAGACAUCAAACCCGACAACAUCCUCGUCAAACAAAGUCCUGCCGGUGCCCUAUACAAACUUGGCGAUCUAGGUGACUCUUCUACACCAGACGUACCCUCGAACGAUGGAGGUCAUUUGAUCGGUGCCGAACUCUUCUGUGCUCCAGAGGUACCGCUUGGAAUUCCCUGGACAGUCAAAGCUGAUAUCUGGGGACUCGGUGCUACAGUAAGUUCUUUCCAAACGGAGCAACGUCCAGAAGUUCUAACGCCGGCCGUCAUU